AUGUUCGCAUUUCCCACAAACCAACCCGCUAAAGAGGGCCACCAGGCCCACAUAUACGAGGGAGCUCGGACGCCCUUCGCGAAGCCACCGCUCGGCAUUAGCUCGGGGGUCACGACGGCCGAUCUCCCGCGAGAUGCGAUCGGCGGGCUCGCCGGCGCCAUCAGCAGCGCCCACUGUGACCCGAACGUUCCGCUUUUCAAGGUACAUUCUCACAAGAUCAUCAACGACGGCAGCGGAAACAUCAACAACCCACAGGCGCUGUGCGACUGGCCAUCGGACCCUUGUCGCUUUCACUGCGUCGAGCACGACGACGUCAUGCGCUACUUCCACGAACCCUUGCGCAACAGCUUCGGAGAGCCAUCCGCCUACUGCGUCCCUCCCUUCAACAUGACGACCAAGCAGAUGGUGCAAGUGCGUCUCCUCAUCCACCACCUGCGCCGCAUCUCCGCGUGCCCAGUGGCUGAGGACAGCGCGGCCCUACCCGCGCUAAAGCCUGGCACGACUGUGACGAUCCACAGUUGUGUCGAGCUCGCCCUGCGAUGCAACCCAACGGGGGCGCCAGUGCCAUGCAUUUCCCCCCCCUUCCAGAAGGACAUUGCCAAAGAGAUGCUCUACUGGAUGAGCCCACCGCAGCGGAAAAAUAACAGCAGCGGCCCAAUGGCCUCCCCAGCGCGACAAGAUGGCCGAGAUCUUGCCGACCGCGACGCUUCGCGGGCCCCCGUGAACGGCCCAUGUCUCCAGGGCACCGCGACAGGACUGGACCUCGCGAUGGACAGCAAAGCUUUCAACCAUCAGUUGCGGCAGCCCCUGAUGGCGCAGCGUGCCUUCCCGAUGCCCCCGCUAGAGGGCGCGCCGCCGCCGCGACCGUUGAAUGCCCGAGUCAUGAUAACCGGCCAAAGUAACCCCAGCAGCGAGAGCUACCUUUUCGACGCGAGACACCCAGUGCAUUGCCUAAUAGCUACGGCCAUCCAGGACCAGAGCGAGGACGAGCACCACCCUGGCUUCGACAACGCGGACUUCGCCAGAGCGGGAGCUGACGCCCAGACCAGCACAACCAGCGGCCGCGCGCGAUUCGCGCCCGAGGGGGGCGCGAUGCAAGUGGGCAACCCCGCGGCGUGCACGCCGUCGGCGCGAUCGGUGUCAACGCGGCGCCCACCCUUGCGUCAGCUCUACACUUCUGGUCAGAGCAGCGCCAGCUACCCGCUCUUCCCCGACAACUAA